AUGCACACUGCUUCCACAAACAUUUGUGAAAGACUGUGUAAUAAGUCCAUCUGUGAAAUUUCCUUGCUACUAAAAUAUUCCACGGUCAACUGUUAGUGGUAUUAUAACAAAGUGGAAGCAACUGGGAACAACAGCAACUCAGCCACAAAAUGGUAGGCCACGUAAAAUACCAGAGAUGGGUCAGAGCAUGCUGAAGUGCGCAGUGCACAGAAGUCACCACUGUCUGCAGAGUCAAUACCUAAAGACCUCCAAACUCCAUGUGGCCUUCAGAUUAGCUUCAUGGAGUGGGUUUCCAAGCUGCAUCCAAGUCUUACAUCACCAAUUGACAUGCAAAGCA